ACGGUUAACAUUAGUUUUCUCCGUAUUUUCAACAUUCGCUGGUUUCUUUUCUGAUAACAAAAAUGUCCAGCUGGAAGAAAGCUGCCAAAUCGAACCAGAAAGUGCAUCGUGAGCGGGCUCAGCCAGUGGCCAGAUCUCACCUGGGUAUUUUAGAAAAGAAGAAGGACUACAAACUUAGAGCUAACGACCAACAUGAAAAAGAUGAUACGUUAAAACUCCUUCGUAAACGGGCUUUAACUCGGAAUCCUGAUGAGUUUUACCAUCACAUGAUUAACUCAAAAAUUCAAAAAGGAGAACAUCAUGAAUUGGAACAGGAAGAUGAGCAUAGUUCUGCACAGCUCCGUCUUAUGGAUACUCAAGAUUUACGCUAUGUCAAUAUGAAGCGAACUAUGGAAACGAACAAAAUAGCUCGUUUACAAAGUCGGCUGCACAUGACGGAAGUGGCUGAUAUAGUUCCCAAUCGGCAUAUUUUUUUCGUCGACAAUGAGCAGGAAGCCAGAAGCUUAAACGUGGCAGAAAGAUUGCAAACGCAUCCCAAUUUACUAGGACGGAAAACAAACAGACCAAGGCUUAACCAACUGAAAAAACUAGUUUUGGACAUACAGGACGAAAAGGUAGUCGAAGCAAUGAACGAAGAAAGAGAAAAAUCCUAUAAAGAACUACAUCGUCGUGUGGAGCGUGAGAAGGAACUUACUAUAACUCAGCAGAAAAUGGAAUUAAAACGAGCCAUACAAGAAAAGCGCCUUAGAAAGCCUAAGCGCGUUUGCAAGGGAACGCAAGACCGUGCUCCUAUAUAUAAAUUCAAAUAUGAAAGAAAGCGGUGAAAAAAAAACUGUAUGAUAUAAAAUAUAUAUUGAAUAUA